CAGCUCCCGCCCCGCUCCGCCUCGUGCCACAACGACUCCGGCUUGUCAGCUGCACGAGACGUGCGGCAUCUCGUCUCAACCUAUGAAAACUGUCAGUCAACGCUAACGUCUAGCUCCUCUCGCUUUAAACUUAAACGUAUCUUGGCCGAAUAGUGAAGAGCCGGAGCCUGGUUCUAACAGCGGGAACAGAGCCCUGUCACGCCUGCGUGUGUGCGCCUCCCCGGCGGCUGGCGCCCUUUGUAACUGAAGUAGUGAAUGGCCCAGGCAGAAAGAAAUGAGCUGGGCUGAGGAGGACUGGACAGUAGGGCUGUCUGGACGGGUCCUGCAAAAGGUGAAGGAGCUGCAAAUCCAUCAUGAACGGCUGUCCAGGGAAAACAAGCAGAAACAGCUGCAGCUGGACAACAUCCAUACAAGCCUUGAGAAGCAAACUGUGAAAUAUGAGGAGGUACGUGUGGAGCUGCAGUCGGUGCAGCGAGAGCUCCAAAACGUUCGGGAUGAGGCCACAACAGCGGUGACGAGCAGGGACCGUCUUACGCAGGAGCUUCAGACUAAGCAGGCCCAAGUUUGCUCUUUGGAGGGCCAGCUAGAUGCUGCUCGUACCCUCAACAACAAACUCACCCAGGAAAUCAAAAGGCUGGAAGCCGAGCUAGAGAAGCUGCAGAACAGCAUCAGGUCACCAGAUACCUCUCUGUUUUCUACUCCCUGCUGGAAUACAGGCUUGCCCUGGGAACACAAUGGGAGCCGACAGGAAGAGAAACAGGGGCACAGAGAUGAAGGGCAGAGCCGGGCUCCUCACAUCCGACAGCGGCUUCAGUUCUCUGAGAUACCCACACCUUCAUUGCCACAACAACAACACAAGAGCACACGCCACAGCCACUCACCCGUCCAAUCGGACACCUUCUCCACUCCCUUGGGUGUGUUUCCAUGGGAACGGGAUGAGACAAAACCUGCAGCAAGGAGGCGACCUCCGCCCUCUCCCUCUUUGAUGCCGUCCUCUGAUGUCACAAAUCAUCUGUCAGAGCAGGGGGGUUAUGGGAAGGACCGCAGGACAGAGACAGACAUGUCGCCUCAAAGUCAAAGCCGUAUGUCUUCUCUGGAAGAGGAGUUGCUGGUGAAGGACAGGACGUUGAAGUCCAUACAGAACGAAAUGACGCAAACCAAGAAGGAGCUUGCCGCCAAGGAGCUCAGCCUGCAGAAAGUCUCCAAUGAGCUUAGCCUGGCACAGACACGUAUGGCCCAGGACAGUGAACGGGCGUCGGGAGCUGAGCAAAGACUGAAGCAACUACAAGAGGAGCUUAAGUGUCAGAGGCAAAAUGCAGAAAGCAGCAGACUGCAACACCAACAGCGUACCAAAGAGCUGGAGAAACAACAUCAGAGGGAUUUGACAGAGCUUCAGAAGGAGAGGCAGUGUCUGGAGAAGCAGCAUCAACAGGAAGUGAAUAAGCUCAACCAGGAGCUUCAACAAGCUAGAACGCUCCACAAUGCCCUGCAGGCACAGGCUGACAAGCUUUCUCUACAGAAGCAGGCGCUGGAGAAAGAGUUGGAGACUCUGAAAGAGAAACUGAAAUGGACGGAGGGACAGCUGAAGGAGAGCCAGAAGAAAGAAGCACAGACACAAGCCAAACUGACGGAAGCUGUGCGUGAGGCAGAGGGCGUGGCUGUGACUCUGGAGCAGAGCAGGAAGCGAGAGCGAGCUCUGGAAGAGGAGGGGAGGAGACUUGCAGAUGAGCGAGCUGACACCCUGUGUCUCCUGAAAGAACUACAGGAGCAAAAGUCAGCACCUCCUCCACAAUCUGUGCAGUUUUGCCCUGUUGGACAGAGUUUUUCAUCUCAGUCUUCCUCAUCUCAUUAUCCUCGACCGUCAGCCCAAACCAAGAGGCCUUCUUCAAACCGAGCUGAGCAGAGGAGGGAAGAAGAGGAUGCACAGGAGAGAAGGACAGACAUCAGAGCAUCUUAUCCUUCUGACAGAGAGCCAGGAGAAGGAAUUGACUCGGAACACAUCAGUGCCCUAAUCUCCCCAGACUCCUCAGAGUGUUUAAAGAGAGCAGGAGACAAAGGGAAAAUUAAUGAAGAGGAGAACAAAGUUAUAAAUGAGGCAAUAGAAUGUGACGUCUCUCAUACUCCCAUCAACAACUCUAACGCUAAAGAUCUUGAUAGAAUGAUCAGUCUUGAGCACUCACCUAAGACACAAAAUUUGACCCUUUCUGCAGAAAAGACACCUGCUCUCAAGUCUGAGCAGACCGUUCCCUCUGAAGACCUCAAAAAGGAGAAUGCAAUGCUCCGUUCAGAGCUUCAAGAUGUACGAGAAGAACUGCAGAAACGACUAGAGGACCUGGAAGCCCAACGAAGAGCUGAGACAGAAGCCAGGACCCGCCUUAAACAGCUUAGCCGCAAACACACCAGCCAGGCUGCAGAGAAAGAGGAGAAAGAAAAAGAAUGGAAGACACAACUGGAGACUGAAAGAGCUGAGACAGAGAGGCUGAGGAGGGCGAUGACUGCUUUGGAGGCAGACAUAGAGUGUGUAAAGGAGAGGGGAAGCGAGCAGGAGGAAGAGAAAAACAAAGAACAACAAGAUAGGGAGAGUGAAAUGGUAGAGCUUAAUAUUCAGCUUAAAAAACAGCUGGCGGAGGUGAAAGCUCAGCUGGCUUUAGAGCGAGAAGAAAAAAAGAGAGAGGAAGAGGAGAGAAGCCAAAUAAUAAACACAGAUGCUAAUGUAAAGGAACAGCUGAGCAUGAUGGUGGCAGAACUUAAAGCUCAAGUGGAAGAACUGAAGCAAAAAAGAAAACACACACAAGAAGAGAAGCACACAGAUGCAAACACUCCCCUGACGUAUUUGACUCUUCGUGAUGACAAGCUCAACUCCAACAUCAAUAGCUGUGGCCACGCACUCCUGCCUUCACCAGAGCAGCACCUCCUUUUCUGCCAGUCUACCAACCAACACAACAUGCUUGUUUCUCAGACAGCAGCAGGCAUCAUCCAAGAAAAGAGCAAUGUGAUAGAUGCCGAGCACUCUCCUCUGUCAGAUGAUGUUCAGAUGGGCCAAAUAGCCUCAGACCCCCAGAAGGCUGAGCCUACAGCCUCUAAUUUGGUGAAAGAGGUGGAGCGACUGAAGAAUGAGAAUUCAAAGGAGACAGAGCGUGCUAAUCAGUGUCAGAUUAAACUGGAGGCCCUGCAGAGCCAGGUGACACGUCAGACGCAGCAGCUGACCAUGGCCUUUGAGAAGCAGAGUCAGCACAUUGCAGGCCUUCUAACUGAGCUACAAGAGAAGGAGAGCGCCCUCCAAAGCCAAAAACAGGAACUACUACAAUGCAAGCAAGAGCUGGAUGAACUAAAGAAUGAUAAAAAGGAUGAGGUGAAGAUGAUGGUCAAAGAGGUGGAGGAACAGAUACAAAGUGAAGAACAGGGAGAUGAGAAGCCGGUGGAGAAUUCAGAGCUCUCACUAAAACAGGAAAUGGAGAGUAGAGUCACCUGUCUAAUUGCAGAGUCACUGCCUGAGAGUGACUUGAAAGCACAGUGUGAGGCAAGUCAGCCAGAGACAUGUGAUACUCAAACGGCAACACCUGAUAGCAGUGAAGAAGCUAAUAAAACAGGGGACCAGCAUCCUGAAUCUAUAGACUCGAACAAAACUCAGAGUAACCCUGACUCUGCUUGUGUGAUGGUAGAGACUCAGUGCGGUCAAAGCGGUAAAGAAGCAGAUAUCCUUACUGAACUGCUCACUCUCAGACGGGAGAAUCAGCUGUUGAAACAAAGAAUUGAGGGCCUGACCAUCUCUGACGCACAAAACCCGACAUUACAGACUGACGCUGAAAAUCAAGAGGAUCCAACACAAAGCCAAAACACACCAAACGCUGCACUGUCCUGCUUGGCAGAAGACGGGACACUGAGUCUGCUGAAUGACGUCAUGACUGAGGGACUGGAGUCAAGUAUGAAUGAGGAAGAAGAUGAAGGACAAGAUUUAAAAAAGGAAGACCAAAUAAACACAAGAACUGAAGAAGACCUGGAGGAAAUGUCUGAGGUGCAUGUAACUCAACUACAACAACAGGUGGAGGCACUGCAGAUAAGGGUACGAGCUCUCUCUGAGGAGACCCAGCAGCAGGCAGAGGAGCUUGCUGUAUGGAGACUGGCCUCCCAAACAGCACCAACAUUUGAGGAAUGUGAAACCCAUGAACUGACCUCUGCUGUGACACAGUCCCAGUCAAACCAGGAGCAAACAGAUGAGAUGACCCAGUGCUCGCCUCAAACUCUACCUGUUCAGGAUUCGGUUCAGACACCCACACUGGAUAGACAGAAGAGCCAGGAAACCAUCACAGUCAUCAGAGAAGACGAGUUACUCGUUUCCUGCUCCUCCAACAGACUUCAGGGCCGCAUGUUGUUCUCCAGACUGCAGAACAGCAACCUUGAGGAACCAAAGAGCCUCCAUCCCUUUAAAACUGCUGAAAUUUUUCAAGAACACAGACAGGACACUGCCACGGCUGACCAGGAAUCUGAAAAAGAAAACCAGGAGAUUAACUUCACACAAUGGUCAGAUAAUUGUCCAAAAGUAAGAAGAGACAUUCAACUCAUCCAAAUGACAUUGGAGAAAAUGGCUCAACAUCACUCAGGCGAAGUCUGUGAGCCAGAUUCGACCAAAACAGAAGCCAAACUAAACACAACGACUAAUUCCUCAGACAGCGUUGUCAAGAUAGAAAUGAAAAGUGUCAGCAGUCAGACAGAGGAGAGUUUGAAUCCUCGUGGCAUUUCAACAGUAUGUGUUAACACUCAGACUGAGGAGGAGGAAGAACAAGGUUCAGUGGAUUCCCCUCCUGUGUCUCCUGUCCAGUUAUCUGCGGAGGCGGCGUCAGACAAAAUCUUGUUUUCUGGUUCCUUCCCCAUCCCGGCUGACCCGGCACGUCUGGCUGAAAGAAUUCGCCGCAACAGGACGCAGCUGUCAGCUGCCUUUGACGACACAGAAUACGAACCCUACGGCCUGCCGGAAGUCGUCAUGAAAGGUUUUGCUGACAUUCCCAGUGGUCCUGCAUGUCCCUAUAUUGUGAGAAGAGGUUUGUUGGGCACCGCUGUAGUACCUGUCUCCCAGAAAGACGCAGAACAGGACGAGACGGAUUAAAACACAGCAAGAGGUUUUUUGCAGACCUGUUGGAAACACCUGACUCACCCUGGCUUUACCAUGAACCUGAAUAAUGGACAACAGCCGCUGCACAACAGACUCAAAGCAAUUAAAACAUUGAAACAAA